GGCACCGGCCCGAGUCGGGUCCUGCCCGACGCCCGCGGAGGUGGGGAGAGGGGGCGCCAGACCCGGACGCCGCCAGACGGGGACUCCGUCCGCACACGAAGAUGUUGGAGAUUUGCUUGAAGUUGGUAGGCUGUAAAUCAAAAAAAGGCCUCUCCUCGUCCUCCAGUUGUUACUUGGAAGAAGCCCUUCAGAGGCCGGUAGCAUCAGAUUUUGAGCCCCAAGGUCUGAGCGAAGCAGCUCGUUGGAACUCCAAGGAAAACCUUCUUGCUGGUCCCAGUGAAAAUGACCCCAACCUUUUCGUUGCACUGUAUGAUUUUGUGGCCAGUGGGGAUAAUACUCUAAGCAUAACUAAAGGUGAAAAGCUCCGGGUCUUAGGCUACAAUCACAAUGGUGAAUGGUGUGAAGCCCAAACCAAAAAUGGCCAAGGGUGGGUUCCAAGCAACUACAUCACGCCUGUCAACAGUCUGGAGAAACAUUCCUGGUACCAUGGGCCUGUGUCACGCAAUGCUGCUGAAUACCUACUGAGCAGCGGAAUAAAUGGCAGCUUCUUGGUGCGAGAGAGCGAGAGCAGUCCUGGCCAGAGGUCCAUCUCGCUGAGAUAUGAAGGAAGGGUGUACCACUACAGGAUCAACACUGCAUCUGAUGGCAAGCUCUACGUCUCCUCAGAGAGCCGCUUUAAUACUUUGGCCGAGUUGGUUCAUCACCAUUCAACAGUGGCAGACGGGCUGAUUACCACUCUCCAUUAUCCAGCCCCCAAGCGCAACAAGCCCACUGUCUAUGGUGUGUCCCCCAACUAUGACAAGUGGGAGAUGGAACGCACAGACAUCACCAUGAAGCACAAACUGGGAGGAGGCCAGUAUGGGGAGGUGUAUGAAGGAGUGUGGAAGAAAUAUAGCCUGACGGUGGCAGUAAAGACCUUGAAGGAGGAUACCAUGGAGGUGGAAGAGUUCUUGAAAGAAGCUGCAGUAAUGAAAGAGAUCAAACACCCUAAUCUAGUGCAGUUACUCGGCGUCUGUACCCGGGAGCCCCCGUUCUACAUAAUCACCGAGUUCAUGACCUAUGGGAACCUGUUGGAUUACCUGAGGGAGUGCAAUCGGCAGGAGGUGAAUGCUGUGGUGCUACUGUAUAUGGCCACUCAGAUCUCGUCAGCCAUGGAGUACCUGGAGAAGAAAAACUUCAUCCACAGGGAUCUUGCUGCCCGAAACUGCCUGGUAGGGGAAAACCACUUGGUGAAGGUGGCUGAUUUUGGCCUGAGCAGGUUAAUGACAGGUGAUACCUACACAGCCCACGCCGGAGCCAAGUUCCCGAUCAAAUGGACCGCCCCAGAAAGCCUGGCCUACAACAAGUUUUCCAUUAAGUCUGAUGUCUGGGCAUUUGGAGUAUUGCUUUGGGAAAUAGCUACCUAUGGCAUGUCACCUUACCCAGGAAUUGACCUGUCCCAGGUGUAUGAGCUACUGGAAAAAGACUAUCGCAUGGAACGCCCGGAAGGCUGCCCAGAGAAAGUCUAUGAACUCAUGCGAGCAUGUUGGCAGUGGAAUCCCUCUGACCGGCCCUCCUUUGCUGAAAUCCACCAAGCCUUUGAAACAAUGUUUCAGGAAUCCAGCAUAUCGGAUGAAGUGGAAAAGGAACUGGGGAAAAAAGGCGUACGAGGUGUUGCAAGUACUUUGCUGCAGGCCCCAGAGCUGCCCACCAAGACGAGAACCUCCAGGAGAGCUGCAGAGCACAAAGACUCGGCUGACGUGCCUGAGACGCCCCACUCCAAGGGCCAGGGAGAGAGUGAUCCUCUGGACCAUGAGCCCACUGUGUCCCCAUUGCUCCCUCGGAAAGAGCGAGGUCCCCAGGAUGCCAGCCUAAAUGAAGAUGAGCGCCUUCUCCCCAAAGACAAAAAGACCAACUUGUUCAGCGCCUUAAUCAAAAAGAAGAAGAAAACAGCCCCCACCCCUCCCAAACGCAGCAGCUCCUUCCGUGAGAUGGACGGCCAGCCAGAGCGCAAGGGGGGCGGUGAGGAAGAGGGCCAAGAAAUCAGCAACGGGGCGCUGGCUGUCAUGCCCUCAGACACAACCGAGCCAAGCAAGUCCCCAAAGCCCAGCAAUGGGACCAGCGUCCCCAAUGGAGCCUUCCGGUCUCCUCAUCUGUGGAAAAAGUCCAACAUGCUGACCAGCAACCGAUUAGCAGCCAGUGAAGAGGAGAGUGGCAGCAGCUCCAGCAAGCGCUUCCUAAGAUCCUGCUCUGCCUCCUGUGUGCCCCACGGAGCCAAGGACACAGAGUGGAGGUCAGUCACACUGCCUCGGGAUUUGCAGUCCACAGGAAGACAGUUUGACUCGUCCACAUUUGGAGGGCACAAAAGUGAGAAGCCAGCCUUGCCUCGGAAACGGGCAAGUGAGAACAGGUCUGACCAGGUGACCAGGGGCACAGUGACACCCCCACCCAGACUGGUGAAGAAGAACGAGGAAACAGCUGAUGAGGUCUUCAAAGAUACCACAGAGUCCAGCCCAGGCUCCAGUCCUCCCAGUUUGACUCCGAAACUUGUUCGCAGGCAAGUCAUGAUGGCUCCUUCCUCUGGCCAUCCCCAGAAGGAAGAGGCCGGGAAAUCCAGUGCCUUAGGGACCUCUGUCACAGCUGAGCCAGUUCCCCCCACCAGCAGAGCAGGGUCAGGUGCAUCUGGAGGUGGCACCAAGGCCCCUACUGAGGAGUCCAGAGUAAGGAGGCACAAGCAGCCCUCCGAGUCUCCGGGGAGAGACAAGGGGAAAGUGUCCAGGCUCAAACCUGCCCCACCGCCCCCACCCCCAGCCUCUGUUGGGAAAGCUGGAAAGUCCUCUCAGAGCCCGAGCCAUGAAGCAGCUGGGGAGGCAGGAGCCGGUGCUAAAGCAAAAUCCAUGACCCUGGGUGUGGAUGCUGUGAGCAGUGAGGCUACCAAGCCAAACCAGCUAGGAGAGGGCAUCAAAAAGCCUGUGCUCCCUUCCAUACCAAAGCCACAGUCAUCUACCAAGCCAUCGGGGACCCCAACCAGCCCAGCCCCUGCUUCCUCAUCAUUGCCGUCAGCAUCCUCAUCCCUGGGAGGGGACCAGCAGUCCUCCACUGCCUUCAUCCCUCUCAUCUCUACACGUGUCUCUCUUCGGAAAACCCGGCAGCUUCCGGAGCGGAUUGCCAGUGGCACCAUUACCAAGGGUGUGGUCCUGGACAGCACCAAUGCCUUGUGCCUCACCAUCUCCAAGAACUCUGAACAGAUGGCCAGCCACAGUGCAGUGCUGGAAGCUGGCAAAAACCUCUACACGUUCUGUGUGAGCUACGUGGAUUCUAUCCAGCAAAUGAGGAACAAAUUCGCCUUCCGUGAGGCCAUCAACAAACUGGAGAACAAUCUCCGGGAGCUUCAGAUCUGCCCGGCGACUGCGGGGAGUGGCCCAGCCGCCACUCAGGACUUUAGCAAACUCCUCAGCUCAGUGAAAGAAAUCAGUGACAUCGUACAGAGGUAGCAGAAGCCAGGUGUCAAGCCAACUAGAGCUGCCUGCAGCGUGUGAGGGUUACCCGUGCCCGUGAUGGUAACGGACGAAGGACCAGUGAACUGGGACCUUGGCCCAGGAGCUCUGCGCAGGCGGAGCUGAGAGGCCGCCAUGGAGUACAGCUCUACUACCUAUGUGUGCACCAACUGUCCACAUGCACUUUCCUCCUCCUCAGCCCCGGCUCCCUGAGCCCUCUCUGUCCCCUGAGUUGUAUCUGUGGAGUUCCUUCUCUGUGGACUGAAGUCAGCGUGCCAGGGUUCCGCCAGGCUCUUUCACACACACUGCUUUAAAACUGAGGUUUUCAGGGCAAGUGAGAAUGGCAGAUAAGAAUUUUUGUUUUUAUUUUUCUCUCUGGCUACAUCUUCCCCCUCCACUCCCCUCCCUGCCCCCCUCUCCCCAACCAAGAGUGAGCAUCCUGAGCUUCAGCCUUUCCACCAAGGCCUUGUGAAUAGUCACCCCUGCCCACCACGUGGAGGAAGCCUUUCUACUCAGUUACCCAAGUUGACCCUCAUAAGGUCAAGACGCAUUUCAAGAACUACAUCCUGAAGAAGGGGGUGUCCAGCCUGUGCUACCAGGUGGUCACUCUGCCCCUCCACUGGUGUCUGAGGGCCCCACUUUCUCAUGUGAAGGACAGCUCCUGGCUGGGGGCAUAAGGCAGGGUGAUAGAGCAAGCAGAGGUAGGGAAGCUGAAGAGGACUGUAGUGUGGGCCAGUGCUCUUGUCAUCCAUUGUCUCCACAUCCCUGAAGCCCAGGUCCUUGUGCUCUUUUGAAGUACAGUGUUAAUCCUGGCUAGAAAGCUUGAGUCUUAAGGGUAGCAUGGUCGCUGUCACUGCAGACCUCAGAGCAGAAUGGGGGCAGGGCAGUGGGUGAUAGGUAGCUAGGCAGGUGAGGAGCCUGGUGCUGAGAUAGCCCUGGGCUGGGCAUAGCAGCUCCACAGCAGCCUGGGGUUACCAUCCUUUCACAUUCCUGAGUGUCCUGGAAAGGUCUUCAUUUCUGACCUGUCCCUGCCUUCUGCCCCUCGCUAUACUCCUCCUCUGAGACAGAUUCUUCCAAGGCCCUCUCCUUUGUGACAGGACAGUCUUCAGUUUUCUGGAGUUCUUGAAGCAUUUCAAAGCUCUGUCCUCACUGGGCACAGCUGCCUGUGAUACAGAAAUGAGCCACCAUCAGGCACCAGCGCAAACAGGAAGAAAAGAGCUGCUGGCCCCGAGGCCGUAACAGUGGCGGCUGCACUCUGGAGGUGGGCAAAUGUCUUUUAUUUAAUUACCAUGAACAACACUUAGCCUAAUAUUUGGGGGGUUUGUCAGGAAUUGUUCAGAAAACCACAAAAGUAUGAAGCCCCAGAAAGUAUUUCAGAGAGGAGCCCUCAUCGUUUGGUGUCAUGCAUUUCUCCCCCUGGACUGCCCAGGAACAGAGCUGAGGUGCUGCGACUGUGCCUCGUGGGGCAGGGCUCCUGGUUUCCUUGACCCUGACCCAGAGCAGGUAGUUGAAAAGCAGGCAGGCAACCACCUGAGCCUCACGGAUGUCUAGAAACAACCCUUAGAGAAACCAGGAGAAGACCCCCUUUCUGCUCCCCUUGCCUUCUCAUGCCUGUGACUAACACAGGCACUAUUUUUAUGCUACUCACCUAAACUUGUAUUUUAUUUUCUGGUAGAGAUGGUUUCCUCUGGAUCAUUUUAUGCUGUUCUCACAGCACGUCACCUCUUUGCCCCCCGCCCCCCCAGACUGCUGUGUUGCACAGACUGAGGGAGGUGCUAGAACACCGCCAGCGGCAUUGCAGAGCAAAGCAAAACCACGCCACACAGAUUCCCCCAGACUGACUUUCUAUGAGGUACUGGUCUCUUUUUGUUAACAUGAUGUGCCACUAUAUUUUGCAUUUAUAUCUUGGUAUUACACUAUUUUAUAGACCUCGUCUUUUAUAAAUGAUGUGUAAAUAGCUUUCUACUGUCCUCCCUUCGGGAAUGCCUAUGGUGUCUUUUUUUUCUUUGGUCCAGUACAUUUUGUUUCUGUAUAUGACUCUGUGUUUUUUGAAUCCAAUCUUUCCUCUGUAGUAUUUUUUAAAUAAAUAAAGUGUUUACAACUUCAGAA